AAAAGUUCUGGCUUGCCUCGAUUCGUAGAUGCCCUUUUGGAGAAGUUCCAAAUGGUUCUCUGGGAAUGAAAUGGAGGCGAUCUCGACGAAGUCACACGCAGGGCAUGGAAACUCCUCAAUAUCAUUUGUCUUGUGCUUGAACCUGCCAAAGAUCACUAUCGUGGUGGUCCUUCAUCCAACGCCAUGCGGAACCUGGACGUGUGCAAGAAGAUUUAUUUACGACUCGGGUCAUCCGGACCAUAUGCUUCCUGGAAAUUGUCGAAAGUUCUGCAAAAUGCACUGCGCUUCACGCUCAUUGCUGCCAAAGUAUCUCGGGACCCUGCCCACUUGUGGUAUGGCCAUUAUUCAGAAACAGGCGACUCCCGUUCGCCAGAAGACCUUGACUGGCUGAUGGACUAUCUCGAGUACAUUUAUUUUGGCUACGAGGAAACGGCAUUUGACAUCCUUUUGUUGUUGGAUGUCAUGAAAGUGCGCUGCAGCCCUGCUAAAUAUCAUCAGUUCUUCAAGACCCUCAUUCCCUGCAUGGGCAGUUACAUGCCUCACCAUUCACGCCAUGUCGCUCUCCGCGCGGCUCGCAAUGCUCGAGAAGAAAUUGCCUCAAUUGAUGCCAUUCAUGAUGUGGAGUUGCGAGAUAUGAUCUUGACGAAGCUCUCCCCCGCUAUCCUGAUUGCGGCUUGUCCCCAACCAGAUGAUGCAACACUCUCCGAUGAUGGUCCUGACCCCUUCUUUCAUUAUGACCGCGACUUGUGCUAUCUCGAACUGCUCUUUGCCCUCGCGAGGAAUUCCAAGUGGCACCCCCAUUUGUUUAGGGAUCACCAUAUAGAUCGAUGCAUUGGCAUUAUCGCACAUUGCCGCUUCGGGCCACAUGCAUUUUACCUGGCUGGCAUCCUCCUCCGAAUUGCACCUGAACAGUUGUCAGUUACAUCGCUCGAUUUCAUCACAGGACAGUGGUGGAACAUUAUCAGCGAUGCAUGGUCCGGUACUAGCUCUAUCAUGAGAAUCGACGAUGCACGCUUUUUCGAGUUCCUCCCCGUCCUUGUGGAAGGCACGAAGAAGUAUAUGCAUAUUGCUUAUGGACUCCAGUAUUUGAUUACAAAAGUGGAUUAUGUUCUCGGAUUGCUGGAGAGGCGAUAUUCAGAGCAGGGAGAGGGUCUCGCUGUUGCUGUGAAAGAGUUGAGGACUGUAGCCAGCGAGAUGCUUGAGAAAUCGGUCAGCAGUAAAGGAGUUAGUAGUCCCUGAUUAUGAUGAUACUUCAAUGUAUGUUGUACGAUACAGAUGGUGCGAUGAUUCGCAUAUACUCUCAGCAGACCCCGUGCGUGA